AUGUCGUGUUCAAAAGUAUUUUCAGGAGACUUACCUGAAUUAACAUAUGAAGUUAUAAAACAUUUUCAAAAUGAUUUCUCAACUUUACAUUCAUGCAUUUUAGUUAACAGAUUAUGGUGUCGUUUAGCGAUUCCAUUAUUAUGGGAAAAUCCUUUUUCUUUUCGUACCGGAAAUUAUAAUUUUAUUGGAAUUUACCUACAUAAUUUAAAUGAUAAUUUAAAAACGAAGUUAAAUAACGUUAUUGACAAUUCAUUACCAUCAAAUACACUAUUCAAUUAUCCUAGGUUUUUAAAAUAUUUGAACAUAUAUAAUUUUAUUUCUUCUGUUGAAAGGUAUGAAACUGCUAUUAGAACUUCAAAUCCCGAAAGUAGGUUAUAUUUAUCUGAUUUUAAAAGGUUGAUUAAUAUGUGUGUAUUACUAUUUACAAUAUUCAUUGAAAAUGAAGUAAAUUUGCAUACCCUUGAAAUAGAGAUCUCAAGUACUUAUUAUAAUACAUGUUUCGAUAAGAUUCUUGAAUCAAUUUUACAAAGUACAAAUUUUAUUCAUAAUAUUAAAUAUUUGAAACUUUAUAUCAGUAAUUAUAAUGAAAAUACGGUAAUUAAAAAUCGUAUAUUACCACUAAUACAUUCACAUCAAAAUCUUAAGAAAAUUUUAAUAGGUGAUAAUUAUUUAUCUUCAUAUCAAUCAUUAUUAUUAUCAAAUGAUUAUAAUUGUUCAAAUACCUUAAAUACAAUCAUUUUCUAUUAUGUCAAUUUUAAAGGAUUAAUCAAUCUUGAUAAAGUAUUUGAACAAUUAAAUGUUUUAGAAUCUAUUCAUAUCUUUCAUUGUUCUUCUUUAAAUACUAGUUUUACUCAACAAAUUAUUAAUUUAACUAAACCAUUUAAAUUGAAAUCUUUAUUUAUAAGUGAAAUAUCACAAAUUGAAUCAUUCCAAUUAUUAUUACAAAAAUCUGGCGAUUAUUUAGAAAAUGUUGGGUUUAGUUCUAAUUUUAAUCUAUCACUAGUAUUAAAACAACAAUUAGUAGAAUUAUUUAUAAAAUAUUGUAAAAAUAUUAAAUUUCUUGAUUUUUGUGGGUUUGGAAGUCAGAUUCUUACUUAUCAAGUAUUAAAUUUAAUUGAAAAUAUUAAACAAAAUCUUAAUUAUCUUACAAUUUAUAUAUGGUAUGAUAAUACUGCUGAAACUGAGUGUAGUUCAAUCGUAUUACAAAAUUUAGGACAAAUCCUUCCUUCUAAAUUAGAAUAUUUAUGUUUAAGUCUUUAUCACAUUAAUGCAAAUGAUUUCGAAAUAUUUCUAAAAAAUUCUCAAGAUACUUUUAUUAAGAAAUUUUUGAUCUAUAACAAUGAAGGUCAAGAUAUUUUACCCUCUAUAAAAAAAUAUAUCAUGAAAAAGAAAAGAGCAAAUUAUUUGGCAAUUAAUGAUUCUUCUUUUGAAGCUGCUUUAUUUAAUUCUAGUUAUAAGAGUAAGGAAUUGUUUUCAUUAAAAGAUGAUGUAAAGGAAUUUGAAUUGUAUAAUAUUAAAGUACAAAGUUAUAAUAGCUUAGUGAUUCGCAUAAGUGAUUUUGUAAAUGAAAUUGAUUAGUAGUAAUUUAAAAAUAUCAGAUAGGAAUAUUUUUUUUUUUGUAUAAAGUGCUUAUAAAUUUACUUAUUUCAA